AUGAAUAUAGGAUAAAUAUAUUCUUUCAUUUCCUAAUAGGUUAUGUUUGUAUGGCUAUUGGUGUUCAUUACUCCACUUUACAUAUUUAUGGCCAGCAUUCUGGCUAAAGGAAUUCACAUCUUAUACAACAUGGCAACAAACAAACAAUCAUUAAUUAACAAUUAUUUGGGUGAUAUAACUUGGCUUUUCCCAUUCAAAUAAAAUGAGCAAGAAUUCAAAUUGAUUCAUACUUUGUUCCUUGCAGUAUUGAUUGCAGUUGCUUCUCUAAUUGUCCUUGGUGGUUUAAUGCUGCUUAACUUUAUGGAGUAGUCCAAAUAGUACGAAGAAAAUAGAGAAGAUAAAUAAUAAAAGAAAAUGAAAGCAGAAAGCAAAUGA